GAGAAGAAACUGAGUUAAUAAAAUUAGUUCCUCUCGUCUUGCUUUUUACUCUUUUACUUUAUGUGUUUCUUGUGCUUCUUUUUCUUUUGCCUUCGGAGACAAAGAUUCUGUCUUUCAGCAUUUCUUUUCCUGUCAGUAAGGUAAAUACUAAGUACCAUUUCUUGCUCAUCUAUGCCGUGGAAGAAUAUAGUAUCCUUUUUUUCUGUUCAGGAUUUCCUUAGCGUCUUUCAGCAAGGAAGAAUGAGAGAGGUGGAUCUUGGUGCUCAUACUAUUAGGUCUCAUGGAGCAAAAGUUGCAAAGAAUCAUAUGCAUGAUUGGCUUAUAUUACUACUACUUGUAGUAAUAGAGAUUGUUCUUUUUAUUAUCCAUCCAUUUUAUAGAUUUGUUGGGAAGGACAUGAUGGAAGACCUUAAAUAUCCUUUCAAAGAUAAUACUGUGCCUGGUUGGUCUGUCCCUUUAUAUGCAGUUCUGCUUCCUAUUGUCAUUUUCAUUUUCGUUUAUGUUCGACGAAGAGAUGUUUAUGAUCUGCACCACAGCAUUCUAGGCUUACUAUUUUCUGUCCUUAUUACUGCUAUUAUAACGGAGGCAAUAAAAGUUGCAGUAGGUCGACCGAGACCGGAUUUCUUCUGGCGUUGCUUUCCUGAUGGAAAGGAAUUUUAUGAUCAAUGGGGAGAUGUAAUAUGCCAUGGAAAGAAAAGUGAUAUAAGGGAAGGACAUAAGAGUUUUCCUAGUGGACACACCUCAGGGUCUUUUGCUGGGUUGGGAUUUCUGUCAUUAUACUUGUCUGGUAAAAUUCAAGUAUUUAAUCGCAGAGGUCAUGUGGCAAAACUGUGUGUUAUUAUUCUACCUCUCCUUGCUGCUGCUCUUGUUGGUAUAUCUCGAGUCGAUGACUACUGGCAUCACUGGACGGAUGUCUUUGCCGGAGCUAUUUUAGGGCUUGUUGUUUCAGCAUUUUGCUACAUGCAAUUUUUUCCAGCUCCAUAUGACAAUGAAGGAUGGGGGCCUUAUGCAUAUUUCAAAGCUUUAGAGGAGUCGCGUUCUGAGACGAGCGGAGGACAGACUGGAAAUGCACUGAAUGUGCAGGCCAUGGAUGUACAAGUGGUUAAUUUACAAGGUAUAAGGGGAAACAGCGACCAAUUUACAUCGUUGGAUGAAUUGGAAUCUGGAACUGGAAGGAGAUGAUGAAUAUGUAUAUUUUAUUUAUUUAUUUAUUUAUUUUAAUGUGUUCACUUGUGUGUAUAAUUUUAGGCUUUUUGUUAGAGUUAUAAGGAAAGCAAAAUAAAUGGGUUACUUGAAUGUACUCAUAAAUAAGGUUACUUUGAGUAAUUUUUGGAGCAUUAGAAUGGUUUUGCAAAUCAAGGAAAAAGUUUAUGAAAGCAAA